AUGUCCUCGAGAGCAAGCGGUCCGGAGAAGCUUGAACUGUUUAUGAUACCGCCGGCUCUGGUCACUGGGCCCAAGCUGUCCAAGCUAGUCAAGUGUUCGCCAACGAGUUAUGGCCUAUUUCGGCAGCACUACCUGCCCUCCAUGCAAUGCUUAACCUCCACAACUGAACCAGAGACCAAUUGUAUGAGGCCAUCCGUCGUUGGGCUGAAGAGUUAA